AUGCGGGGUGGCGUACUUGAUCUUUUGCCGAUUGCCUUUGCUAGCCUGGCCGUUGCAGCAGAACACCUCACGCAGUCACCUCCAUAUUAUCCAUCUCCGUGGGCAUCUGGACAGGGAGGCUGGGAAGAUGCCGUCGAAAGAGCACGGGAUUUUGUUUCUCAAUUGACCCUGGUCGAGAAGGUCAAUUUAACAACGGGCGUCGGAUGGAUGCAAGAAAAAUGCGUGGGCCAAGUCGGGUCAAUUCCUCGCAUGGGCUUGCAUUCGCUUUGCAUGCAAGAUGGCCCUCUUGGAAUUCGAUUUGCCGAUUAUGUUUCUGCUUUCCCCGCCGGGGUUAAUGUCGGCGCAACAUUUAGUAAAGAGCUUGCUUACCUUCGCGGCAAAGCAAUGGGCGAGGAGCACCGAGAUAAAGGUGUCGACGUUGUAUUGGGUCCUGUGGUUGGACCGUUGGGCAGGUCGCCAGAUGGAGGGCGGAAUUGGGAAGGUUUCAGCCCUGAUCCUGUCAAUUCCGGGCUCCUUGUUGCGGAGACCAUCAAGGGAAUUCAAAGUGCCGGCGUCAUUGCUUGUGUCAAGCAUUUCAUAGGCAACGAGCAAGAGCGAUUCCGCCAGGGCCCUGAGGCUCAAGGGUAUGGUUUCGAUAUCUCAGAGAGUUCAAGUUCCAAUAUUGACGAUGUAACCAUGCAUGAGCUCUAUCUCUGCUAUACACAGAACAAACUACUCAAGGCUGAACUUGGAUUCCAGGGGUUUAUUAUGAGCGACUGGCAGGCUCACCAUAGCGGAGUUGGCUCUGCGCUGGCUGGCCUAGAUAUGUCAAUGCCGGGCGAUACUGUGUUUGGGACAGGCCGAUCUUACUGGGGACCCAACUUGACAAUUGCAGUCGCUAAUGGAACUAUCCCGGAAUGGCGAGUGGAUGAUAUGGCUGUUCGAAUUAUGGCGGCUUAUUUCAAAGUUGGCCGGGAAGCGGCUAAAGUACCCGUCAAUUUCAAUUCCUGGACUCGAGAUGAAUACGGCUAUACGCAUGCUCUCGUUAAAGAAGGUUACGGUAAAGUCAAUGAGAGAAUUAAUGUUCGAGCCAAGCAUGCCAGUAUCAUCCGACAAGUUGGGGCAGCUAGCGUCGUGCUUCUUAAACAUACCGUGAGCCUCCCUCUGACCGGUUUGGAGAAAAAUGUUGCGGUCAUUGGGGAAGAUGCUGGGCCAAACCUUUGGGGCCCGAACGGCUGCCCUGAUCGACGUUGUGAUAACGGCACAUUGGCGAUGGGGUGGGGUAGCGGUACCGCCGAUUUCCCAUAUCUGGUGACACCAGCUGAAGCAAUCCAGAACGAGAUCUUAUCUCAGGGAGAAGGUUCUGUGUUCCCGAUUUUUGAUAACUGGGCAUCGGAUCAGAUCAAGUCAGCGGCAUCUCAAGCUACAGUUUCGCUAGUUUUUGUUAAUGCCGAUUCUGGAGAAGGAUUCAUUUCCAUUGAUGGGAAUGAAGGAGAUCGUAAGAAUCUAACCCUUUGGAAAGGAGGUGAUGAAUUGAUCCAAACCGUGGCAUCAUAUUGCAACAAUACCGUUGUCGUGAUACAUAGUACUGGACCCGUCUUGGUUGGCGAGUGGAAUGAACACCCAAACAUUACUGCAAUCUUGUGGGCUGGUUUGCCUGGCCAAGAGAGCGGUAACUCGAUUGCUGAUGUUCUAUAUGGAAAAGUCAACCCAGGUGGCAGAACCCCCUUCACGUGGGGUAGAACCGCUGAGGAUUACGGCGCAUCCAUUUUGAAGGAGCCAAAUGAAGGAAACGGCGCACCUCAAGUAGAUUUCACCGAAGGCAUUUUUACAGAUUACAGAGCAUUUGACAAGGCGGACAUAAAACCCAUCUACGAAUUUGGUUUUGGGCUUAGCUACACUUCAUUUUCAUAUUCCGACUUGAAUGUUGAAGUCGUACGCUCUGAACCCUACAUGCCCACCCGGGGCAAAACGGAGCCAGCUCCGAUACUUGGUGAAUCUGAUCGCAACCUGAGCUCAUAUCUCUUCCCUGAGGGAAUGGACCGUGUUACAUAUUAUAUAUAUCCUUGGCUCAACGUCACUGAUCCCGCAAAAGCCUCCAUGGACUCUCAUUACGGACUACAGAAAGAAGAUUAUAUCCCUCCUGGCGCAACCGAUGGCUCUCCACAAGAACUUCUUCCUGCUGGUGGGGGACCCGGUGGAAAUCCUGGUCUUUAUGAAGUAUUAUAUCGUGUGACGGCGACUAUUACUAACACAGGUAGUGUUACUGGAGAUGAAGUGCCACAAUUGUACGUAUCCUUGGGUGGCCCCAACGAUGCCAAAGUCGUUCUCCGAAAUUUCGACCGCUUCACUCUUGCAGCCGGCGAAGCGAAGAUCUGGACGUCAAUACUGACCCGACGUGACUUGUCAAACUGGGACCCUGUGACACAGAAUUGGGUGAUUAGCGACUACCCGAAAACCGUGUAUGUGGGAAGCUCAUCGCGGAAGCUACUACUUUCCGCACCUCUGAGACAUCUCAAGGGUAGACCUGGGUUCGAGCUUCCGAUUCCGAUUCCCCCUGACUUACAGUACGAUACCAAAUUCUUGUUUAGCACUGUCUAA